AUGGAUAUGCAGGAUUUCACACAGGCAUUACCAUUGAUAUUUCUCAACGGAUUUGAGGUGUCUGCUGUAAAUUAUCCAUAUCUUCGGACAGCUGCUGUGGACGGUCAAGACCCCAGUAAUCGAGCCUCGAUCUGGGCCCUGAGCAUUCGGCAGCGGCUGAGUAGCAGAAUCCAAGGGAACAGGAAACCUGAUGGCACAGACAUCGACCUUUUAGUCACUGAACUGAUAAAUACCUUCAUCACUGUGAUGCAGACCAACAAGAGGAGCUCGUGGCAAUACCUGUAUGAGGUUUUACACCUGACUGCACCGUACCGUGAAUAUCUACGUGGCGAACCCCAGCUGCUCCGUCACCUCGAAAGUAUCUAUUAUCACUACCAGAUGAACCGCUCUAAACUCGCUGGCAUCAACAUUCUGGGGGCAAUGGCUAAAGCUUUCCCCAGGGACCCUUCCCCUUUGUACGAAAAGAGCAGGAAGCCUGGCAGAGGUCGCAGAAUUACUCCAACUCACCUGCCCCCCCUUCCAGAGGAGGCUGUGACACCCACCCGAAUACCCCACAUGGCCACUUGUCACAGCACCUACACCCUGGCACAAAGCUUGCAGGACCUCGAUGGGCAGAAGCUGCUGUCAUUUGGUGAUCUCCAUGAAUCUGUCGCUAUUAUCGGGGCCAGUGCUACGCAGAUAGAAGCUGCAUGGCAAACGAAGCUGGGUCUCAUGUCAAAGGCAUUCAAGGUUAAUCUGACUGGAGAUUAUGGCCUGACUCAAACACACACCGAGAAAACAGAGAGGGAUUUACAGGAUGCCUCAUUGAUGACGAACCUGUCUGAGCCAGUGCAAGGUGAAUGUCCUGUUUCCGAGCCUCAUACGGGGGAAGCAGCUGUGGAAGUUCUGGCAAAGCACAGCCUCUUGGGAAAAACAAAAUUUUAUUACCUAAACAUCAGACCGAACCAGGAAUACAGGCCGUACGAUCUCAUUGUCGUUCCCAAACACAAGCUGAAUGCCGAGCACUACAUAUUCUCCACGUUCGGAGUCUUGGCCAUUUCUCCUGGACUUGGGACAGAGGUGAUGUCCCUUUCGGAUUGGCAGCGCGAAAUGAUGCUGUGGCGUGCACUGACUCACAUCCGUUUCUUUAGAAAUUAUCUCCUGCAGAAAACCUUCACCAGUUGGUAUCGUGAGGUGAGACGCCUGUGGAUGCUGAGGCAUCGGAAACUGUUGUGGAACACUCUCCUCCCAGCUAUCCCUCAUUUCGGAGCAGCUUUGCUACAGAUUUCCAGGCUGAUACAAGAGCUGCAACAAGUGCACUGGCUUCCUAUAGAUGUGACUGAACCUUACACUCUAGACGAGUUCCUGCAGCACCACAGUCACAGGACCACCGAGGCCUGCAACUUACUGGAGAAAUUCUUCAAUUACUGCAACAUUAUUCUCCAGAUGGUACGUGAGGACACUUACAAGAUUAUUCGAGACUGUAGAACACAGCUGGAGUUAAUAGAAGCCAACUUCCUGAAGGAGUCUCUGCAUGUGCAGCGAGAAAAGCAGGAGGUGGCUGAGAAACGCCUGCAAGAGGCCGAGCAGGUGGUUCAGAGUCUGGGCCGUCUAGGAGCUCUGGUCAAUCACAUGACAGUGCAGAAUCUCAUCACUGUGGCCCAAGGCGAGGUCCAAAAUUUUGUCCAACAUGUUUUGCAGAGCACAAAUGAACAGAGGCCAGCUUUCCUGAAGGUACACUUGGUGUUUGAUGCUGACGGCCACAUGACUGUGUCCCCAACUCGGUCCGUCCUCUUCACAAAAAUAACGGAAAUCCUGAAGUCAGUGGGUGAUAGCAUCCUCAAAGUGGUGGAGUCUGCGCAGAAUACUGGCCUUUCAAAACCUGGACCGGAGAAUCAGGGGGUCACUAGGAGCAAAGACUCACCCGAGACUGGGUCCAACAAGCCUUCGGAGACAGUGUGUAAUGUGUGCAGGACCCAACAGGAGGCAAGAGGAAGACCGAGAGAGGAAGGUUCGGGAGACGCAGAGACUGGACCCUGUCACAGCACGCAGCAUCUGAUCUCUAAGCCAUUGUGCUCUAUCCCACGGCCCUCAGUCCUGCUUGGGCCGCUGGACAGCAUAAGGCUGAUGGUCACUGGGGAGCAGAUGAAGGCUCAUUUCAACACAAUGCCCAUCAACCUUCUGAGGGCAGAGCUAACAAUAGACAGGAAGCUACAGAGUGCCCAGAGGAAGCAAAAACUCCUCAUCAAGGCUGCUAUGAAGGAAAUCAUUCUGUUCCGAGCUCGCCACAUUUGGCUCACAGCAAUUUACCAAAUGCUUCACAAAUGGAGCGCAGAUGAACUGGAGAAGCUGCGAGACUGGAAACUGCAGCAAUACCAGCUCCACCUGAUGCAGAUGAGGAAAUGGCUGAGGAGGAUGAAAGGAAUUGAUCAUCUGUAUGUUACCAGAAAUCGAGUGUUGGUUUUAGACUGUUCGAUUGUUCACAAGGAGAUGGCACCCUCUCUGAAGUCCAUGCAGCUGGAGAUUCUAAGGUUUUCGAAAGUGGAAUGUGAGCAGCGUACAGAGAAGCUUGUCAUUGACCUGUCAACAGCCAUCAAAGAACUGCAGGACAAGCCAAUAGGAGAUGUUGCCUUCGCCUUGUACUCAAGAAAGCUGGAUCUGAAUCAGGUGAUGAAGAUGUUGGACCAGUGGUUCCUGACAUUGAACCAGCUUCGAGAAUCUCUCCCUCCCAAUGAUGAGAUUCUGCGCGUCUUCGAAGAAAUGCUGUUGCAGUUUAAAAAGUUCUUACCAAUCCUGAUGGAUCUUCAUCGCCCCGAGAUACAGGAGAGACAUUGGAAGGCCAUCUUCAUAGAGAUGGGAGAGACCUGGAAUCCUGUGUGGGACAUGACCCUAUCUGAGCUUCUGUCCUAUGACCUUCCCAGUUACAGUGACUUUAUCGCACAGUACAAGUACGCAAUAAAACAGCUGCCCUGCUACAUCACGAACCAGCUUUGUGCAGAGGCAGUGACUUUCCUGUCAGUGGAGAAAGUCAACAAGCUGCUCAUCAAAGUAUCCAAGAUAUUAAUCAAAGCCAAGAAGGAAUUUGAAAUUCAGAAACUCUUGCGGUCAGUAGAGAAACUCUGGCAACAUUAUGAGUUCAAAUUUGUCACACACAUUGCAGUGUUUCAUUAUCAGGAGCCUCAUCCCAACGGAUCUGAAAGACCCCAAGGCGGAAAACAUCAUCCACCUCAGGAAGGCUGGGCUGCAAAAAACAGUGGAACACUGACCCUUAUCGAGAUGGAGAGAGUGAGAUGGCAGACUGAGGAUAGUUUGAUGACCUUGAGCAUGAUUGUGUCUACGACAGCACUUGGAAACAUUCAGGAAGAAGCUGAGAAACUUAUGGAAAUGAUCCAGCACUUUGGAGAGCUGCUGGAUCUGUGGAAGAUGUUCCAGGAUAAGUGGGUCUUUCUUCACCAGGUCUUUUACGAGAUGGAGCUGAAUGCUCGGAAACCAGAUCCAAGUUUGAUGAAGAAGAUUGAAGUGGUGGAUGGAUUGUAUCGCUGGGUGAUUCAAACCCUAUCCAGCAACCCCUCAGUUCUAUCUGUCAUCCUCUCCCAAGACACUAAAAAGUACCAGGGGAUGACCCUCAGGAUGAUCUUCAGCACUGGAAUUGAGGCCAUGGAAGAGAUCAUUCUCCAGAUGAAUCAUCUCCUGGAAUCUGCUCGGCAGGAAUUCCCACGUCUAUACUUCCUGAGUGAUGAUGACUUGUUGCAUUUGCUGACCCUGAGCUCUGAUCCCCGUAAGCUGCUGCCUUUUGUGACAAAAUGUUUCAGGGGGAUACAGGACCUUGAGUAUCAGGUCAUAAACAGUCCCAAUCUGAUAAUCCCACCUAGAGUUAAUGUGUUAGCAAUUCAUGGGGAUCUACAGGAAAGAGUCAAUCUAACCCCGCCACUGGAAGCUGCCCCUAAAACCAUCCCUUGGUUACGGAACCUGGAGCUCCGGAUUCAACAAAACCUGUUCCUUUCCCUGGACAGCUGUGUCGCAGAGAGGACAGCUUUGGCUAGGGAAAUCAACAGUAAGAUCAUGGUGGAAUCCUUGGGCAGAUCUGAAGCCUACAAGGCAGCACAGUUGAUGAAGCCAAUUUUAAAAUUAGCCAAUAGUUUCCCAGUGCAGUGCAUCCUGAUCGCUGAAGACUUCUGUUGGCUCAGUGACAUGAAGAAAGUGUUGUUCAAGAGAUCAAUCAGUAAAGAGUGGUUCAAAACUCUUUACAGUACCAAGAUCGACAGACUAGUGAUGAGUGUCCGUGGGCUCUGCAAGCAUUCCUAUAAGGAGGCUGACAACCCACGUGUUCUGCUCUUGUUGAAGUGUUUGAUUUCCAAGUCAAUGAAUCACCGAGAUAUUGCUGACAAUCUUAUUGCCUCAAACAUCCAAUCUGAGGCUUCGUUCGAGUGGCACAAAUUCAUAAAAUAUCAAUUUGGUUUUAAUUGGAUUUUCCCCAGAAGAGAAUCCUUGAAACCAUUGGCCACUCACUUUGGGCAUUCAGUGCCAGGUAGUGACAAGUCCAAGUUUGGCCUAAGAUGUUACAUUAAUCUCUUGGGCAAUAACUACUUUUAUGACUAUGAAUAUAUCAGCCCGAAGACUGUGUGUGUGCAGAAUCCAGUAACUGAGAGAAUGUGCCUGGCAAUGAUCUUUGCUCUUCAAAACUUCAAUCCAUGUGCUCUUGUUGGGACCUAUGGCACUGGUAAGAGCUCAACCAUCUCACACUUAGCCCAGGUGCUUGGCUAUCAGCUGGUUAUCUUCCAGUGCUGCAAGAAUAUGAGCUUGGCAUUCAUCACCCGCAUUCUGAGUGGUGCCAUUCAAUCGGGUGCCUGGCUGGUGCUGGAGAACACUGACAUUCUGCCAAUGGGAACAUUGUCGGUUCUGGGCCAGCUUUUGAACAGCAUUCAGAAUUCCUACAGGGAAUUAACCACAAAAGAUAUUUCUGACAGAUCGUACACGGACUGUGGAACUCGUCCUCACAGGAAGGAGUUUGGAACCAAUUUGGUGAGUGCACCAGAUAGUGAGAACAUGCACACCAGCUACAGGUAUACCUGGAGCUCUGAAUGCCAGAGGCAGUUUGACCCAACCACCCUAGGAAGUGUUGUGUUCGCAGGAAAUAUCAUCCCAGCCAGGGUGAAUUAUGGUGCUUUUGUAACCCUUCAAAGAUUUGAUUCCAGUCUUUCAAUUCCCGAGAAUCUUCGGUUGUUGUUGAGGCCGGUCAGUGUGAUUGAGCCAGAUGUGAAGGUGAUCAUUGAAGUGAAACUCAUCUCCAUUGGCUUCUUAAAGGCUCCUCAUUUAUCUGGAAAAGUUCUUACAAUCUUCGAGAUGAUAAAGGAUUCCUGUUCCAUUACAGAUUGCUGCUACUUACCACUGAUGGAAAAAGUCAUAGACAUUGCAGCAGAAGUCCUUUACCAAACAUUACAGGCAAAGAUCCCAGAACCCACUAGCAAUCAGUCCAAAAGACUUUCAAAUGUCCCCCAACCUCCGGCCUCUGAAGGCCAAGAUGAGCAGAAGGGGAAGAGAGGACAGGAAGUCUCUGACGGAGGUAGGGUGAAGGCAGACAAUGUUGAACAAUGUCUGUUAGUAUCUCAGCAGCCAAUUGCUAGUUCAACAAGUAAAGCCAAUGAGUCAGAAGAGUUCAGUGGAAAUAUAUCAACACCUGUUUUUAAAUCGAUUCUCUUGGUUGAAGAAUAUGCAAUCCUGAAAGCACUCAUUUUAACUCUGUUUCCAGCUGUGUCAGACCAGGAGAACCUCCUCAGUCUGAAGGGUUUACUGACAGACCUGUUUCCACAGUCCUGUAUCCCAUUUAAUAAUUCUGAGCCUGAUUCCCAUCUCCUAUCCUUCAUUGAACAGGAGCUGGUGGACACAGACCAUUAUGUGAACAAGCAAACAGUUAAUAACAUCCUUGUACUUUACCAAACACUAAAGGUUAGCAAAGGAGUGAUCAUGGUUGGAUGUUCAGGCAGUGGCAAGACUACCUCAUACAGAACAUUGUCAAGGACGUUGAAUCUUUUGGCCAGAAAUGAGCCGAAGUCGGCUGCACAUCAGUCUGAAAGUAUUGACCCCCCAUACAGAACUGUGCAAGUCUCUGUCUGUUUCCCGAACAGCCUAUCCACAGAGGAGCUCCUGGGAGCCAUGGAUCAUCAGAUCUGGAAGAACGGGAUUGUCUCCAAGUGGCUGAGUGAGGGUAAAAGCUGGUCCCAGGCCAGGGCACUUGUCAAGGAGUUUCAGUCACCUCAGGUGAAAGUCUGUCACUGCCCAGAACCUCUCAGGUGGAUUGUGUUGGAUGGUGAACUGUGUUUAGAUUGGCUGGGCCCCAUCAGCAGUUUGUUAACUCGCAAGCAAUCCCUCACCCUGUCCAAUGGGGACCAAAUCCCCUUAAUAGAAUCAACUUCCCUCAUUUUUGAAGUGACGGACCUCAGCAAUGCCCCUCCUUCAGCAGUGACCUGGUGUAACGUGGUCCAUUGUCAGGGAAGUCACAUGUGGGAGGCUGUAUUGGCCAACAUGUUGAAGAAGAUAUACAGUAACUACAGUGUGCCUCGCAACAUUGUUGAGCUGUUUUCACGACUCGGGCAGGAUCUUAUUCCAAAAACUAUUGCUUUCUUGGAGCAGCACUGUAUCCCUGCACUGACCCAGCAAGCAGAUUACAGCAUGAUCCAACAGAACCGAGUGGCACAGGGCCUGCAAGAGGUGAUGACCUUCACAAACAUUCUUAAGGUUCUCCUUGAUAAACACCUGUUACGUGACCAGCAGCAAGAGGACUCAGCAGGUACAGAAGGUACAGAGCAGACCAAAGUCACAUCACAACAUCAGCGUGCCCGCCUUGAUGACAGUAUCCUGCCCAAGAACUAUAUACUGGCCAGGAACAUCCUCGCUGUGGCUUACAUCUGGGGUUUCGGAGGACACUUGCACUCGAGCUGUUGGCCUCAGUUUGAUCAGUUUGCCAGGAAGGCUCUCAGCAGCAGUGACUACAACAUCAACAUCCCCUCAGAGGGCCUGCUCUUUGAUUAUUACAUUGAGCCUGCCACUGGCGGCCUGCAGGGUCUGUUCAGACACGGCGAUUCAGAAAAGAAGAAGACCAAAGUUCCAGCUUACGUUCUCAUUCCUGAGUUUGAGCGGUAUGUGAAGUUAUUGGAACUGCUGCUUUUAUCAGGUUGUUCCACACUGCUGGUUGGUGAGCAACUCUCUGGGAAGACCAGCUUUGUACAGGCAUUGAAAGGAUUAAUCUCCUGCCCCACUAUGUAUCGACUGCCCAUCAGCCCAAACAGCCAGCCCAGACACGCUCGAUGCUAUCUGACAGAGAGGGUCUUCACCAGUGGGCAGCAGGAACUCUCCUUACCAUCUGCAGUGACUGCUACUGCCAAGGCCAAAACCCUUUUCUUCCUGGAUGACAUUCAUGCUGCUCCUUUCAAGCCUGGUUCAGGAUGCCAACCAGUCAUCGAAACAUUCCGUCACUCACUGACCUGUCAUGGCUCGUAUGAUGGGAACUGUCAGCAGUUCCGUUACUUCCAUUCUGCCCGUGUCAACUAUAUCAUGACAUGUGCACCACUCCGAGGAAAAAUGGGUUUUGUCUCAUCUCGUUUCACCCGAUUGUUCACGGUCCUUGCUCUCCCAGAGAUGACCUCGGCCAUGUUAUCAGCCAUUUAUACCCCCUGUGUGACCCAGUGGCUGAACAGCUUCCCAACCUACACACUGGCCAGACACACCGAUCUGGCCCAAGCCCUUGUUUCAGCUACAGUGGAACUUUACCAGAGAGUGAGGCAGACUCUGAAGCCAUCACCUAGCCGUGCCCAUUAUCUGUUCUCAAUGGUAGAUAUUGGGGCAGUGUUGAAUGGUAUAUUCUUGUUGAAUCCUGCCUCUAUCACCAUGCUGGUCAAACCCAAGAAAGAUAUACAGAAGCAUUCAGGAUCUCAGAUAUCAUCCACCAUUUCAUCUGUCAUUAAAAUCAUCAUUGAUCUGUGGCUACAUGAGUCCAUGAGGACGUUCUCUGACUGCCUCCUGACUGAAGGGGAGAAGAAGACUUUGACACAGAUGCUGGUGGAAGUGGCUCAGUUUCAUUUCUGUACUUCUGAACGUGGAGCUGAAAGCCUUCGGCCUCUGCAGGAGAUAGCUGACUCCUCAAUUGAGGACUCUUAUUUGAGCCAAUCUAAUGUGGCAGAGUUCCGACAAAUCACCAUACCAGUCUCCCUGGAGGAGCAGAGUGCAGAUAGAUCUAGAGAGACAUCCGGUGAUGAUGGCGGAGAGGCUGGAGCUACCGCUAAUCUAGACCCCAAAACCCAAUUACCUCAAUCUCUGCAGCUCAAUGAAUCUGGAUCAAAGAUCUCAAGCAAGUCUUCAAAGCAAGCAGAAACCACCAAGAGAGAAUCUUCCAGUUCUAAGGUUUACAGUUUGUUGACUUCAGUCUCAGAUGGUCAGACACAUGACUCAAAGACCAGGGGCCAUUCUCCAACUAGGGUACCACACAUCGAUAUCUAUCCAACUCGCCUGACAGAAAGUGAGAGCUCUGUUCAGAGAAAGCAGAAACGUGCCAGAAGUCGCAGCAGGAAAUCUAAAAGGUCAGAAACUCUAAAAUCACUGCUCCCGUUCCACUUACUGCGCACAGAGGAAUCUAUAGUUAGCCUCAUUUACAGCAAGUGGCCUGUUCGUCCAGCUAAUAAACAGCAGAUGACCUCUCCCAGGUGGAACCCAUACCGGGAGGUGAGCUGUGAUACUCUAGCUCAGCAGCUCCAGCUAAUUGUCCAGAAACAGAACCACAAAAACAAAACCAACUACCAAAUCAUUUUCUUCAAAGAAUGUGUGUAUCACUUUGUACGUAUCUACAGGGUUCUGUGCACCCCCAGAGGUCAUUGCGUCUUGCUGUCUCUCACUAAUUUCUCUGGCCGUAAAACACUGGUCAGACUGGCCGCCUACCUCACUAUGGCCGACCUCUUUGAGAUCAAUGGUCAGAUGUCGAAACUGGAGAUGGCCAAGGUGAUUAAGCAGGCAAGUUAUGGAGCUGGGAUUCAUGGAAAAGACACAGUGAUCCUGGUCCACGGAGCUCUGAGGAAGGACACAUUCCAAGAUCUGAGUGAUGUGAUAGCAGAGGGUAAAUAUCCUGAGCUUUACACAGCCAGUGAAUUGGAGGAAUUAGCCAAGAUGUUUGCCAACGUCAAGAGGCUGCCACUGAAUGUGAAGAGAGAGCAGGUGAUUGAGAGGUUUCUCCUGGCUGUGUUGCAAUCUCUCCAUGUCGUGUUGCUGUUGAACACAUGGGACAAUGCGUACACACCUGGACUGAGGGCUGGUCUCCCUGGAUACCUGGCUCACUUCCUCCUGCACUGUAGCUGCAUUGAUGUCUGGCAGCCUUGGCCACACCAAGCUUACACCCAGAUCGCCAACUCACAACUCGGAGUCAGCAACCUCUCAACAAUCAACAGGACCAACGGUCAAUCAGUCGCUCAGAUUUGGACAAUGAUCCCAGAAAUCACCAAUGUCAUGGCUUUAAUUCACCAAUCAGCUUUGAGCUACUUGAAUCAUGUGUUCCCCAACCUACCUCUCAUUUCCCCACGUCACUACCUGGAUUUCAUUGACCUCUUCUGGAUGCUGUCCUAUAACCUGGAUCGAUGUGUGGCUUUGGAAAGUGAGAGGAUGGGAAUGGGUUUGCAUAAGAUCCAGCAAGUGUAUAAAGAAGCUGAGGAAUACAAGAAGCACAUAGAUGACCUGAAACACAAGCUCAAUGAACUGGCAGAGAUAAGGAGACAAUUGAUUGACCGGUUUGGGAAAGUGAAAGCAGAGUUUAUAGAUCUCAUGUCUAAGUGCCGUAAUGAGGAGUUCCGCAUCGCACUGCUAAUGCGAGAACUGGAGGCUGCACGCAAGAAAUUUGAUGAAGAAUUUGCCAUGGUGAAGCCAAUCUAUGCCACAGCUUUGAAAGCUCUUCAAUCACUGAACUCUGUCGAUCUGGAUGAGAUACGGACAUACCGAGCCCCCCCUCCUCCUGUUGUCAUGGUGAUGAACACCCUGUGCCUGAUGUUCGGAAAACCAGAAGGUUGGGACAACGCAAAACAGUUAAUCAGUCAGCCAAACUUCUACCAGGAAUUGGAAUUCUUUGAUAAGGAGAACAUUCCAGAAUCCGUGCACAAGGCUCUGCAGAACAUUGUGGAUCAACCUGAAUUCCAACCAGAUGUGGUGCGGGAGGCCAGCAGGGCUUUGGAAUCCUUCAGUAUGUGGAUUAAAGCAAUCUACCAGUAUUCCAGCUUGGUCCGUCAGUAUAGUCCUCCCUUUGACAACGAGAACCAAUCCCACAUUGAAGAAGCCCAGCUCAGACUGGGAAUGCUGAGGAAGCAGACGUUUGAAAUGAAGAAGAAACUGGUUGCCAUGUUACAGGAAGAUGGGGAUGAUUACUUGUCCGGCUUUGACUCAGUGACAGACCUCAGCGAUGCAGAAGUACUCCGGUUGGUGGAGGUGAAGGAGCGGGAUGCACUGCAGGCACUGAGUAACGACAAGGAUAUAUAUUUAGCUGAGAUGGCAGAAUGGCAGCAGAAACUGAAUGAAGCUGAGGAGCUGAUGCGUGCGAUGAGCCCUCACCAGUAUGACUGGGACAUUGCUUUGCAGCAAGCAAAAAGCAGAAGGAUGACAGUUGCUGGGGACAGUUUGUUGACAGCAGCUGCCAUAGUUUACCUGAGCCCCUUUGGCGAAAAGAUGAGGCAAGAACUCCUGAAGAAGUGGAAGGCAGCUUGCUACACCGGAGAGAUACAGAUGGAGCCAGAAGAUGUUCGACAGGAACUUGUAAAGUUGCGAGAAAAAACAUUCCCCACUUCGCAAGAAAAGGCAAGAUUGGCCACAGAGCACUGUCAACCUUCUAAAUUCAUCCCUAUUCGGAGUGACUUCCUGCUCCUGGACAUUCUCAGUUCCCUGAGAGAGCAGUUAAGGUGGAACAGUGCUAAACUUCCAGUCAAUGCCACGGCCAGAGUCAGCGUUCUACUUGCACGGGUCCUGAUCAAAUGCUGUCCCUUGCCAAUACCACUUUUCAUUGAUCCCGAUAACCAGUGCACAAUGUGGCUACAGGUCUUACAGGAGGGUGGUGGUCCACGUCUCGAUAGAGAGGUGCUGGGAGUCCCAGCUGACAACCCUUUCCCUGAAGAGGAAGGAGGAUCUGUGAACACGGUUACAGUAGAAUCAUUGAGCAACAGGAUUGCGGCUGACAUACUGACUGGAGAGAUUCCUGCGGAAGAUGAAGAGAUUGACUGGGUCCCUCAGUCGGUAACAGAGAAACCACCCAAUAACAUAUGGGUCUAUCCCAUCACCACUGAGAAACUGGACCACAUUGUGCUUACUGCAGCAAGCAAUGGGAUUGCACUCUUGGUGACUAAUAUUGAGCAAAGGCCUUUGACACCCCUUCUAAAGAAGCUGCUGAACGUUCAAACCUGGUGGAGUCACGAAGGACCUUGGGAGCUGACUUUUGGGAAGCAGCAGAUUGAGGUCAAGCCAACAUUUCACCUGUACCUGAGCACAAUAUUACCCAUCAGGAUCAUCAGUUUAGAGUUUGAUCGAAAUUUCCUGAAGCAGGUGAGAACGUUGUCCUUUACCAUCAGUGAAUCAGGACUGCAGGAACUCUUCCUCAAGGAGGUGCUGUACUUUGAUAGGGACAGGAUCAACAACGUGCAACAUACCCAGCAGAUGGACACAAUGUACCUUCAACACCAGCUGCAAGUGACACAGGAAGAGCUGAUGGACAAAGUGAUCCAAACUGCUACGAGUCUGCUCAAUGACAAGAUCAUCCAGACAGCAGCAGUGGAAAGUCAGGAUACCAAGGAGCAGAUACACAGUCAUCUCAAAAUUUUAAAUGCAAGUAAGAAGACUGCCAUUGGAGUGAAUGAGGACCCAUACGUCAUUAUCUCAAACAUCGGCUCUGAAAUGUACUGGGCUUUGAUUCAGAUCUGUCGACUCAAUCCUCUGUAUUACUUCUCGAAAACCAGUUUCAUGAAGGUGGUGAGGGAAGUUCUGUCCAAACGGAAUUUGAGAGUUCGCUCUUUAGGGACAGGACGCUCUACAGACCACUUCAUGGACCUGAUGUAUUACCUCAUGUCUGAACUUUACAAAUACUUCCGCUGGUGUCUCUGUGUGCAACAUGCCCGGUUGUACAGAUUCCUUGUAGCUGUUGGCCACAUGAAGGUGAUGCACACAGUAACCAAGUUGGAGUGGGAGCUCUUUCUGAGAGGGACCCAGGAUCUAAAAUAUGACGUAUCAGCCCAGAAUACCUCUGUCCUGAAGCCCAGUUGGGUGAGUCAUGAGACCUGGGAGAGUUGCUCCAUAUUAGAGAUGUUGCCUGCGUUUCGGAACCUCAGAAUCUCUCUCACCAAGAAUGCCAAUCAAUGGCGAGAGUACUUUGGCCUUUCAUCAACUGUGAUUAGUGCAAUUCCUUGCUCCUCAUUUGCACAUCUUACCACCUUCCAGAGGGCCAUCCUGUGGAAAUUCUUCCAGCCCCACAAGCUGAGUGUGAUUAUGAAUGAUGUGGUCAGCUGUGAGCUGGGAGGAACACUGACUAGAGAUUUGCGUCUCAACAUCACGUCCCUCUUCAACUACAGCUGGCAGAAUGUUCCAGUCAUGUUUCUCCUGCCUGAAGAUGGUUCACCGAGUCUCUCCACACACCCGCUCUACUGGAUUGAACAGAUGGCGGGACAGCACCAGAUGCAGAAUAAAAUCCAUGUCAUUACUUGUGGAGCACAUGAUGACAUGAACAAGAUUCAAAAUGAUUUACAGAUGAGCAUGAGCAAAGGAAGAUGGCUGGUUCUGAACAAUUGUCACCUGUUGGAACGCUGGGACAGUGAGCUGCUCAAAUUUCUCCUUCAGCUAAUCACAGCCUAUAAAGCUUACCUUCCUACUGAAGGUGCUUCCAUUGCAGUUUCCAAAUAUGAUGUGUGCCAUGUUCUUGAAGAGGAGACAAUGACAGUCCUGACCAAUUCCGAGCUCAUCAUCCACCGGGAUUUCCGCCUGUGGCUCAUUUUCAAAAACAAUCCUGGUGUCUCCCUGCCAGGGACACCAUUGACAAAUCUCACACAUGAUGAUAUUGAGAAACGGAUCAACCGCAUGUCCAACUCCAUCGAAUCUGUCAUAAUCGGAAUUUGCAAUGGCUUCGAGGAGCAGCUCUUCAUCCAAAGCAGUGAGUUCAUGAACUCCAUUCUCUUCAAGGCUGAGACCCCACUUCACCCUUCCCAAAUAGACAUCAGCCACAACGAGAAAAUGAAAGCCUUUGCCAGUGAUAUUCUGAGCAUUCUCCAGGACCUGCAGAACUCAAUGACAACUAACCCUGAGGUUGAAGACAGAGACGGGAAGUGGGUCAGUGCAGAGCUCAUGAGGAGGUUCCUCCUGAGGGAGAGGCAUCACUUCAGGCACUUGGUUGACCAGGUCCUGUGUGACCUCAACAAUGUGAUGCAUGUUCUGGAGGGAUCCAGACUCUCCAACCUCGAGUCAGAUGACAUGAUUGAAUCGCUGAGGAGUGGCCAACUUCCUGGUGCCUGGAGGUCACUGAGCCGAGUGAGAGCACCACUCCUGCAGUGGGUACUGCUCCUGAAGAUGAGGCUACAGCUGCUGAACAAUUAUCUGGAUGGCCCAGAGCCUCCUGUCUCCUACAACCUGACAACAUUUCAGCAUCCACGCCUGUUACUCAGAGCUCUGCUGCAGCAGAAAGCUCAGUCUGAGCAUCUUGAUCUGAACAGAUACAGCAUACAAAGUCAGGUCUUGGGGAGUUCCCUCCCUCCCAGCAGCCCCCCAGCGGAUGGUAUCUACAUAACUGGCCUCAGGAUACACAACGCUCUCUGGGACAUAACAAACGGUUUCCUGCAGGACACUCUGUCUGUCAAACCGUGCAGCAUGCCAGUGGUGUGGCUCAGGGCAGAACACAAUGAGGUGACUAAUACCCAGUACCUUUACCCAUUCUUCAUGUGCCCAGUCUACCAGGGGGCAGAGAACAUUGCAGUGGACCUGCAGGACAGCAACGUGAUCACACAUUUACCCCUCGAGUCAAGGAUGGACCCUUUGGUCUGUGCACAACGACGGGUUCACAUCGUGAGCAUCAUCUGAAGCCAAUAUUCAGCAUCAACAUUGUCCUGGGCCAAAUGAGAAACG